AUGUACAAGAGGUUCCGUAAUGGCGAACAGGGCGUAUUUGGAAGUGAUAAUGGUACUAGUGGGAAAAAACCGGACGCUUAUAUUUGUGAGAUCCCCGAGAGUGAGUUGAUAUGUUGUUGUUGUUGUUUUUAUUUUUUUUUAAUGUUAUUUUGAGUAAACUCAAAGGCACUAGGAGCGCUGAAGGGCAAUAAAAACAUUAUUUGCUAACGUUUGUGGUACUCACGAGAGAAGUUAUAAAAACCCUCAGACAGUCAGAAUCAAGUUUACACUUACCUUUGCGUAAAUCAAAAUAUGUUUGAAACAAUCCCAAUGAACGUUUUCACGAUAUACAUGUCUAACUUUAACCUUGUAAACAGGGGAAAGCUGCAGAUGGUUCUGUUACUAUCACUUUUACGAACAACAACAGUUACGAAACUGAUGGUGAAUACCAAUUGCAAAGAAUUAUCAGUCCAAUUGCUUUGUUGGAUGAUAGUGCGUGAUGAUGUGAAGAGCGUUAUCUUUUUGUUAAGAGCUUGUGACUCAUGUCGGUUAAGAACCAUGCCAAUUAUCGUUUUCUAAAACAAAAACAAGAGAUUUGCAGACCUAUUUGUUCUUCGCAUAGGGGAAUCAAUUUUAAGUUUACUGUAUUCUAUUUUAAUGUGUGAUCAUUUGAACUGUAAAGUUGUAAGGGCUAAUUUUAAUGCAAUGCAUGAUGUGCAGUGAGCAUAAUAAACUGACCAUCGUGCAUCUAAUCCGAAUAUGGCGGGCAUUUCGAUCGACUUAGUAACCAUUACUCUAUAACGAGGUUAGUAAGGAUUACCUCAGUUCUCAUACAUCACCAGAGGGUGUAGAUACAUUUUCUUGUCUAAAAGAUAGUCAAUACUGAGGUGGAAUAUAUUUGAUGUUCUGCUCACCGAAAAGAUAAACAUAGGCAUGCGUAGCAUGCAAGAGUUAUUAUUUUGGCUCGGUGGGUUGAAAUGGGACACUUUGGGUUCUUAACGCUUUCAGUCUUGAAACAGGAAAAGAGAAUAACUUUAAGUCCAGAAUUGUGUGGAGAAUUCAUUUUUCAGUGGUGUUGGAUAAUGCGCUUCGAAAACGUGACAAAAUGCAGAUUGUUUCCGAGGAAACGACAGGUAGUAAAGUGAAGUCUUAAGAGGCAAAAUGGAUAUUUGAUUAGUGGAAUAUUAUUCAAGAAAACGCAGAACAGGAUAUUGAAGUAUUGUGUUACAGCUUUUUAAGCUAUUAGGGAAAAGUCUACAGAUUAUAUUUCAUUCUCCAGUAUUAUGGGGUCUAGUUUUCGAAAAACAUCCUACAGCCCUAUUUAAGCAACAAUCACCCAAGACGUGUGCCAACGACAAAUAAAAUGUUGAGGAAACACUAAGAGCUUUCUGUAUUACUGAUAAAAAUCGAGUGCGUUUAAGAGUUUUGAACGUUAUUAGCGGCCAUUUUUUUACUCCCCUUUCCGUCCGCAGUUUUGCCCUCGCAGUGUAAUAGUAAGGUAAUUUUUUGUACGAUGUGGUCUUGAUUAACAUUUUUCUUUAAAGACUCCUCAAUACCUUCAUUACCUUCGUCGCCCUCACUAUCAUCCAGAGUAGCACGUGCAACCUCACCAUCACCAUCGCCAUCGUCGUCGCCGUCGCCGUCGCCGUCGCCACGACCAUCGCCCUCGCCAUCGCCAUCGCCAUCCCCCUCGCCAUCGCCAUCGUCAUCCCCGUUUCCGUCGCCGUCGCCGUCGCCGUCGCCGUCGCCGUCGCCGUCGCCGUCGCCGUCGCCGUCGCCGUCACCGUCGCCAUCGCCAUCGCCAUCGCCAUCGCUAUCGCUGUCACCAGUUGAGCAGCUUGUAUGUUUUCUAGUCAUUUACCGUUUUUAUGCAUAUCGUUUUUCAGGAUCUCCUCUGUUUACAAACGUGAGAGAGAAUAUUUUUAAUUUUAGGCAAAGGAGUAUGUUUCAAAAUUUGGCGGAAUAAAUAUUACCAGAAGGACUUCCCUACAGGUAUCUAAAAGGCUUUUUAACUUUGGUAUAUGUUUUUAAACGAUAAAAAGGUUAAUAUCUGAUCUUUAAGGAUAAACCACCAUCGAGCCAUAUAAAGUAAAAAUGUUGAAGCUUAAAAAUAAUCCAGGCCCCUAAAAGAGUUCUCCAGCCGAUGAAUACCCUGGACACCAUUUGGGCAUUAGUGUAAAUUGUAUAUCUGAGACUGGCUGUUCAAUGACCUGGAAAUAUUUUACGUAAUUGUAGGAAGCUGUUACUGUGUUUGAAGAUUUCACCUUAAAAAUCAAGAACGUCACAAAAGACAAGGCCGGCAUAGAAGAGGUUAAAACACUGAAAAAAUCUAUCUUUGAGGUGGCAGAGGCCGUCGAGAAAUUUGCUCUUAAUUAUGGCAACCGACACCUCAGAGGAAUGAGGCCUUCAGAAAGGAUCGUUUCCCCCAAAAUUGGUGAGUUUGCGGCCUUCAGUCCUGUUUAGUUUCAAAGUCUAUUCCUCUGUUACUUGCUGACUCGCUGACUGUCCCACUGAGUUGUCUAAUUUCCUAUGGCUAGAUGGUGUAGGAACUCAGCUAUUAGCCCAACGUCUCAGAAUGUUAUUGCUGGAUGUCAUCGAUUCAUCUGUGUUUUUUUUUUCAAUUUGUUUGAUACUUUGAUUUUUCGCGGUGGAGAAGGAAAUUGAACGUUUUCUUAAACAACCAACAAGAGAGAAUAGGAACCUUUCAAAUUGUGAAACCCUUCUUCUCGAUCUGUAUAUUGAAAAUUUUCUUAAACAAUAGAUUGGUGAGUAACACUUUACUAAAUAAAAUUGUCAAAUCUUUCCGCUUACUUCAUACCGUACACUGAGCUCAAAAUUGGCCUAUCGUCUGUGAUGUACAUAAAUGCAAGAUUUUUAACCGUACGCUUCAAAAUUCUCUAAUGAACUCUAUAGUUCUCCAACGAAACGGUUCGAGGAACGAAUUGAGUUUUCACAAUUUUAGUCCGUGCAGUACUACUAACUUUUUUAUCAGCCUUACAUUGAAAAAACAAAACUUUGUAAAAUGGUUGAAUUCGUCGAAUAGUCGUGGAAGGGUAAAUAAGAUACAUACAAUACACUUCCAACCCAUAAGAUUAUGAAAUAUUUGUGUACACCAAAAAAUGGAAGUUUGUGUAGGUGUGCUAUUGUAAAUUUCACCGAAAGUGCUUUCAUUUGUAAUUUUUCUUUCCCACAGUUUUGGUCAUUCAAAAAGCCUAUCGCCAGAAUGCAAGUGGCUUCAACUUUGAGGAACAACAAUGGCGAGCAAGAAUCGAUAUCGCUUCUUCAACUUUUGAGAAAAAUGGUUCGUAUUAACUAUUGUGGUAACUUUACUUUUGGUAUUACCUUGGUUUCUCCAAUAAAAAUUUCUGUGUCGAAAUAAAGCCUCAUGUAAAGGCGCUUCCUUAGUUUACAUAGUCCAUCUUCUUUAAUCACUCGCCGUUCCUAAAAUGUCACAUACCUCAGAGCCUGAUAAAAAUUUCAAUUUUGUGUGUUUUUUUGUUGUUGUUUGAUAACAUUUUUUUGUUGAUCCUUGGGGUUUAAAGGAUCAAUGGUGGUUGCAUGUGUGUACAAGGAUUUGCAUGACCUACUUCUGACAGACCAAGCUAUGAAGAGUGAAACAGACAACCAAAGGUGCUGUUAUUUUCAUAUUACUCCAUGUCGUUUACCUCAAAAAACACAUAACACGGAUACACAUAAGAUCUAAGUUCAACUAAACUGAACUGAGAAACUUUCCAAAAACCCUAACUAGGGUUGGAAGACUCCCUGCUUGUCUCUGACCAUUCCAUCUUCAUGAAAAAUUGGCCUGAAUCUACAAAAAAUAUGUAAUAUUGCUUCCUUGGUUCUGGUCCAUUUUCAAAUACAAUUUCUUCAUAGGUAUAUCAACUCCAGGAUAAUGGCCGUAACUAUGAACCCCAAGCCUGAGAAAUUGCGAGAAAAUGUCAUCCUACAGUUCAGAAACCUAAAGGUAACAUGAAAAUUAGUUUCUAUGCGUUGUUUUGAUUUAUUCUGACAAGAUAAAAUCUAUUUUCAGGUCUUGACGGCAGAGAAGCGCUGUAUGUUUUGGAGUGGCCUCAGCAAUAGGUAAAAAACUACAAUACAUUAUUAUAUAUUAUAUAUAUUAUAUAUUGUAUGGUAUUUAUUCCUUCUUAAAUUAAAUUUAGUACGGAGGAGAAUUAAUGAACUUUCUCAGAUGCUUUUGCGCAGAUGAAAACUUUCCUGGAAGCCAACAUGUUGUCGUUUUUAGAGAGGGGAAGUCUGAUCGAAAUGUUCUCGCAACUAUAACUACAGUAUAAGAAAAUCUUGGCGCAAAAUUGUCAAACAUCACCUCUUCCUCAAACAAUGAAUAAUUUUUUUUUUAACUUUACUUUUUUAUUCCUGUGUGACAGCUUUUCAGAGGAAGGUUGUCAUGUAAUUACAUCAAAAAGUAACUCAGAAGAAACAGUUUGCAGUUGCAAUCAUUUGACGCAUUUUGCCGUCUUAAUGGACUACGACGGUAGCACAAAGGUAAUAAAGUUAUUUUUGCCUUACUUAAUAGUUUUAUGGGCUCAAUGAACUAAAUCAAUGUUGUCAUUUAAUUUUUCUUUUCUUGACACAGCUCACCGAGGAGGACGAAACCAUUCUGAAAGUUGCCACCUACGUGGGACUGGGCCUUUCCAUAAUCGGGAUACUUUUAACAUUAAUACUUUAUUCUUGCCUCACGUAAGUAAUGCACUUGAUUAAUAAUGAGGUAGAUUCUUAACUCCCCUCAACAAGGCUGGUGAGAAAAGAGAUCUCAAUGCCAAUCUCCAUGCAAACAAGAACAGUCAUGUCGGAUAAUUCACAAACUCAGGCUACAUUACAUGCCCCAUCACGAACUUUUGAACAACUUAUGAUUUCACUUUUUAUGAAUUUUUUAGGCUUUAGACAUUUUCUUCGUAAUAUUUUCUUUUUUUUUUCCUCUUUGGAGCUAUUUACUGACUUUCUUCUUUCCUUCGCUGUCAAGAUUUAGUUAAUUUUUUUGCCAUAUUUUUCUGUGUGUUGUUGCUUUUGUCUCAUUCAUUCUUCUUCUUUUUAAUAUUAUUUUACCAGAGAUGUUUGUAAACCUCUCUCUCAAAUUCGAAUGAGUGUUUCUAUGUCCCUUGGGGCUGGACAGAUCAUCUUCCUCGCUGGAAUAAACGCCACAGAAAACAAAGUCAGUAACCUUUCCUUCUAUCCAUAGAAUGAAUUUACUCUGCACCGUAAAUAUCUUCUCGAAAGAAGCUCGUUAAGAAUUAUACGAAAACUCGUCCUUUCCACAGGCUGCCUGUGUUACAAUAGCAGCUCUGAUGCAGUAUUUCUUGAUGGCCGCUUUCUGUUGGAUGCUGAUCGAGGGAAUUUAUCUCUACUUCUUCGUUGUGAAAGUCUACAACAUUAACACCAAAAUGUACACGUAUCACGUCAUCUCGUGGGGUAGGUAAACAUGCACUGGUAACUGUAACCAUGCUUUCUGAUCGCCAAGUCUGGUGUUGUCAUGCAGUAAAGUGUUUCGAUUUCCUUCCUUUCUUUAUGAGUAGGUCUUCCAGUGAUGAUGGUGGCCAUUUCACUUGGCAUCGCUGCUGGAAAAGAUGGGUUACAAAGCUAUACGAAUGAUAAAUAGUAAGAAAAAAAUUCAAGGGUUUCUUCUUGCUCUUCUCCUUUUAAUUUGUUGCAUUUAAAUCUUUGUUUUGUUUUUGGAUAUAGUUCGAAAUCGGUAUCAUUUUAUUUUCUGACAAUUUGUGUUUCUUUCGUGCGUUUCACAUCCUCGAGUUUAGUUGCUGGCUUUCCUCGACUAACAACCUGAUCUGGAUAUUCGUCGCCUUUGUGGCUUUUAUUGAAGUUGUGAGUGAAUGAUUAGUGUUGGUGACUGUGUUUGGUAUACCUUGGACUAAUUUCUGCUAAAGUUUUUUUCCUCUGCUCUGUAAAACGAAUUAAGUAUUUAUGAUAUGUCUCAAGACAAUAUUUACCAUUUUCUUUUUUCCUAUUUACUCACAAAAAGCUUUGGACGUAGCCGCUGUUUGCGGGGAUGCUGGUCAAUUUUAACCUAAUGAUGGUCUUCAAUAGCGAGAGAAACUUGUGGAGACAAUGUCCUCACAGGCAUAAGAUAGCUUCAUAAAUUCUCCAACUUUUACUAGAUAGUAUGAAAAAAAAACUUCUCCCCCUUCCUUCAACGCAAAAAGAACUCAUUAAAAAACAAAACAAAACAAAAAUAAGAUGAAAAAUAUGAAAGGAGCAAGAAGAGUAGGAUUUAUUGAAUUUAUAUAAUUUAACAUGAAGCUAUACUUGGCGUGGUUCUCUCAGUGUAGGCACGUUUGUGCGCGAUUUCCUUUGCUCAUUGGCAGAGGAUCGAAGCUCCUAAUCUUGGUUCCCCGGUUAGGGGCUCUAUUCCCAGUAAAUUACCCUUCAUCCCACGCUUGUUACCGAAUUAGUAACUUCCUUGGCAAAGAUCCUCCCCUGCUUUGGCUAUUCGACUUCCAUAUCUAAAUAAUCACUUUUGAUUUUUGUAUAUUUUAGCUCAACAUUUUGAUACUCCUACGUGUAAUAAGGGAGAUGACCGAUCUGUUGCAGCCAACAGGGGCAGACCACCAUUUUCAGCAAAUACGGUGAGAAUCACAGCAUAAAACUUAAAAAAUAGUGGAAGACAUUGCCAUGCCCUCCUGUGGCGCUAUAUUUGCCUAGCUUUCUCAUUCCUUAAUCAGUAAGGCAUCAACAUAUCUAACAAUGAAAAUUCAUUCUCAAAGGAAAGUAAAAGAGUGUUUUUUUCUAACUCCUAGUCUUGGCAUCAAAACAUGCGCGGUGAUGAUUCCCCAGCUGGGUGUCACAUGGCUAUUCGGUCUCCUCUCGCCUGUACAUAAAGCUUUCGCUUACAUCUUCACCAUACUUAACUCUACUCAGGUCAGUGUUCGAUGGUUACUGUAAAAAGUCAUUAAUCUCUAUUAUUUAUUUUACUUUCUGACCAACUGAGACGCCAUUAGGAUGGUCAGAUUAUAUUGUUUUGGAAUUUUCAAAACAAAAAGGUGUUAACUAUGCAAGAGAAGACAGACUUCUUUUUCAAUUAUAAGAUGUGUAAUCUUCCUUCCUUCUUGGAAAUCUUAAUAGAUAUUUGACUAACUUGUUUGCAUUUUGUAAAUAUUAAUGAUCUUGAAAUAAUUUUUAUGCUGUAGGGUUUCCUGAUUUUCGCUCUACACUGUGUGCGAAACACUCAGGUAAGAAAAAAGAUUGAACUAAUUAUUAACUUUACAUCAUCAAGUUUUAGAGUUUCAAUAAAUAUGCGAGUGCUAAGAACCAUAUUUCGCGUUGCUCGUCUAUCUGCAGAUCAGAGAGCGAUUCAAAAGAAAGAUGAACAUCGUUUUUCCAUAUUCUAUAAAAGACAACUCCACAAGGAAGAGCCCACAGGUCAAUCCAAAUGAGGUUUGGAAUGUAUGGGCAAUUUAA